AUGGAUAUAUCUGAUUUAAUCGAGCCCCCGCAAAAGCGCCUGAAGACUGAGGGUGCCUCCAGCACAGAGGAAGUCACUCUCCCUGCCGGCGCAGCCCCUCCCCAGACCGCCACUGAAGAUCCGUUAUCGAGAGAGAUCGAGGUUGGAAUCACCGAGUUUGUUAGCGCAGAUAAUGAAGGUUUCGCGGGGAUAUUGAAGAAACGGUACACAGAUUUCCUCGUCAACGAGAUCCUGCCCUCCGGCAAAGUUUUGCAUCUGCAGAGCACUGCAGUGCCGAAAACCACAGAGGAGGAUAGUGGCGAUGCGCCUGCGCCGGCCGAGGAGAAGCCAAAGGAGCCCGAGACUCCUGCGGAGGAGUCGCCAGCUCCCGCCGAAUUUCAGUUAACGGAUGAGGACCGGGUACUGCUCGACGAGCUCUUCGGCGCCCAAUAUGUCCAGAAAAUCUUGUCUCUACACCGCAAGGCAACGACGAAUUUGAAGGCGAAACCAAGUGAUUUGGGGCGAUUGAACACCAUUGUCGUUGACGACCGCGACAAGCGCAUCAAAAUUCACCACGCAGUCCGCCGGAUCUUCAACUCGCAGCUCGAGUCUUCGACCGACCACGACGGGACAAUGGUCCUAUCGGCGGCUUCAAACCGAAACAAGAAGAAUGCACAGGGUGGCGGACGCGGGGGUGGAAAUGGGCGUGAGCGGGGGCGCGUUAAUUGGGAUGAUUUGGGUGGUCCGUAUCUACACUUUACAAUCCACAAGGAGAAUAAGGAUACCAUGGAGGUCAUCUCGUUCAUCGCCCGCCAAUUGAAGAUGAACCCCAAGAGCUUCCAGUUCGCAGGCACCAAAGAUCGCCGUGGUGUAACUGUGCAGAGGGCAUGCGCAUACCGCUUGCAAGCCGACCGUCUAGCGAAACUCAACCGAACGCUUCGCAAUGCCGUCCUCGGCGACUUCGAAUAUCAACGGCAUGGCCUCGAGCUGGGAGAUCUCUAUGGAAAUGAAUUCGUCGUAACUCUACGCGAGUGCGACAUCCCAGGAGUAAGCCCCAAAGAUGGUGAAACUGCCGUAACAACUGCGACGGAACUAGCAAGCUCAGCGCUAAAGAGCCUCCAUCAACGAGGCUACUUCAACUACUAUGGUCUCCAGCGCUUCGGAACCUUUGCAACCCGUACCGAUACCAUUGGUGUUAAAAUCCUACAGGACGACUUCAAGGGCGCCUGCGACGCAAUCCUCGACUACAGCCCGCACGUCCUCGCCGCCGCGCAAGCAGGCGAAGCCGCAACAGUCAAUAUCAGCUCCGAAGACAAGGCACGCGCAGAAUCAAUCCACAUUUUCCAAACAACCGGCCAUGUCACCGACGCCGUUGAAAAGAUGCCCCGCAAGUUCACCGCCGAGUCAAAUAUCAUCCGCCACCUCGGCCGCUCCAAGAACGACUCCCUCGGUGCCCUGCAAACAAUCCCCCGAAACCUCCGCCUCAUGUACGUCCACGCCUACCAGUCCCUCGUCUGGAACCUCGCGGUCGGCGAGCGCUGGCGCCUCUACGGUGACCGCGUUGUAGAAGGCGACCUUGUCCUCGUCCACGAACACCGCGACAAAGACGGGUCCGCCGCCGCAGCCUCUGCAGGGGCAGGGGCAGAAAGCGCAACCGUCGACGCAGACGGCGAAGUCAUCAUUGCGCCCCAAGAGGGCGACAGCGCCUAUGCGGCCGAAGACACAUUUACGCGCGCUCGAGCCCUAACUGCCGAUGAAGCCAACAGUGGCAAAUACAACAUCUUCGACAUCGUCCUUCCCCUUCCGGGCUUUGACAUUGUUUACCCGCCUAACAAAAUGACCGACUUCUACAAGGAGUUCAUGAGCAGCCCACGCGGCGGCGGCUUAGACCCCUUCAACAUGCGCAGAAAAUGGAAGGAUGCGAGCCUGAGCGGGAGUUACCGCAAGGUGCUUAGUCGGAUGGGGCCCGAUUUCUCAGUAGAGGCGAAGUUAUAUUCGGCAGAUGACCAGCAGUUCGUGACGACGGACUUGGAGAAGUUGAGGUCGAAAUCAAAGGAUGGGGAACAAAUGGAUACUGAAGGUGGCAAGGAGCAUGAUAAGAUCGCUGUGGUUCUUAAGUUCCAGCUUGGAUCUAGCCAGUAUGCCACUAUGGCGUUGAGGGAGUUGAUGAGGGGUAAGGUGAAGGCAUAUCAACCUGACUUUGGGGGUGGACGGUAG